AUGCAUACCUCCGCUCUCCUCCUCCUUCUCUCCUCUAUCGGCGCUCAAGCCGUGCCUAUCUUCCAGUCUCGCUCCAACGACACCUUGGCACGCAGAGGUGAGCAGCCCUACUCCGUCGUCAACGUCGGCGACGAAGCCACCACUAGCCAGACCCCCACGGUCGAGACGGUCACCGUCGCCAACCCUCCUCAGCCUCCGGUGACGCUCACCGUGACCCAAACCCCCUCGUCGACGGCCGCUCCGUCCCCAUCUGCCACGGAAUCCAACCACUUUGUGCCCCCGGCCUGGAGCAUCCCUCCCGGGCCGACCGAAGAACCUGGAUCCGAGGACUCCCAGAUCGCUGCUCGGGGAUUCAACCAAACCGAGAGAUCCUUGCGCAACUUCAGAAGGUCUGCCGUGGCCAACACCACCGAGGCUCGAAGCCUGGAUGCGCGCAGCAACAGCACCUUGACGAGAGCGCUCCACGCGCGGGGUGACAACACUACUUCGGAGUUGCAGGCUCGCAGCAACAGCACUCUGACGAGAGAUCUCCACGCUCGCAGCGAAAACACUACUACUUCGGAGCUGCAGGCUCGUAGUAACAGCACUCUGACGAGAGCCCUCCACGCUCGCAGCGAGAACACUACCACUUCGGACUUGCACGCUCGCGGCAACAGCACCUUGGCCAGAGCUCUUGACACCCGCAGCGAGAACACCACUCUUCCUGAGUUGCACGCUCGCAGCAAUGACACUGGAAUUGAGGCUCGAUCUAUCUUCUCCCGCGGCAACGACACCGAAUCCGAUAUCCAUGCCCGCAGCGCCAAUGUCACCGAAUCCGAUAUCCAUGCUCGCAGCGCCAAUGUCACCGAGCGUGCUUUCUUCCGCCGUGGUGGCGUGAAUGCUACCCAGCUUCUUGGCCGAUCGAACAGUACCGUUGUCUAA